CAGCUUUUGAAACUGAAGAAGUCAGUAGGUGGCCUGCGUUUAAGGCAAUUGCUACAUCAAAAACUUGUGGAUCCUGCAAUGAAGUUUCUGGGCAUCGUCCUUUGCGGUGCCUUAUUGGCAAUCCAUGCAAAGUCUGCUCAAGCUGUCUGUGGAUAUGAGUCAUGUCACGCAACCAAGUCAAACAUGGUCAACAUCCACUUGGUUCCCCACUCCCACGAUGAUGUGGGCUGGCUGAAAACGGUUGAUCAGUAUUAUUAUGGCCACAAGAACAACAUUCAACACGCUGGAGUCCAGUACAUUAUCGACACAGUGAUCUCUGAGCUCAUCAAGGAUCCCGCUCGUCGCUUCAUCCAAGUUGAGACCUCCUUCUUCGCCAAGUGGUGGGACGAGCAGUCGGAGACGGUCAGGGCCAUUGUCAAGAAGCUGGUUAACGAGGGGCGUCUUCAGUUCACCAACGGAGCCUGGAGCAUGAACGACGAGGCUGCCGUCAACUACCAGAGUGUGAUCGAUCAGUUCACCGUCGGAUUAAAAUUCCUGGACGACACCUUCGGAGUAUGUGGUCGUCCUCGAGUUGGCUGGCAAAUCGAUCCUUUUGGGCACUCCCGUGAACAGGCAUCUCUGUACGCUCAGAUGGGCUACGAUGGCGAGUUCUUCUCCCGCAUGGACCAUAACGACAAGGGACGACGCAUGAACGACCUGGCCCUGGAGAUGGUUUGGGAUGCCAGUGAGUCACUUGGUGAUGUCAAGCUGUUCACUGGACUCCUCUAUACCUUCUACUGGGACACCCCCGGAUUUUGCUUCGACGUGCACUGCAGCGACGAUCCGAUUAUCGACGGCGAUAGUUACGACAACAAUGUGAAGUCCAGGGUGGACGAUUUCAUCGCCUACGCCGCUAAAGUGGCCGAAAAGUUCCGCACGAACCACAUCAUGAUUCCGAUGGGCGGAGACUUCCAGUAUGAAGAUGCUGAGGUUAACUUCAAGAACAUGGACAAACUAAUUAAGUACAUCAACGAACGUCAAGCAAGUGGCUCUAAGUACAACAUCUUCUACUCAACACCCGGUUGCUACUUGAACUCAGUGCACAAGAGUGUGCAGUCCUACCCAAACAAAACCCUCGACUUCUUCCCAUAUGGCAGUGAUACUAAUAGUUUUUGGACUGGUUAUUACACCUCUCGUCCUACCCAGAAGCGUUUUGAGCGUGAAGGCAACCACAUUCUUCAGGUGGCCAAGCAGCUUAGCGCCUUUGCCGAACUCUCAAGCCCACAGCAAAAGGAAGAUCUUGAGUACCUUCGCCAGAUCAUGGGUGUGAUGCAGCACCAUGACGCCAUUACUGGAACUGAAAAGCAGGCCGUGUCCGACGACUACGAUCGUCUGUUGUAUGACGCCAUCGUUGGAGGUGUCAAUACUGCCCGCGAUGCACUGCGAAAACUAACCAAUCUCCCCAAUGGAGAGUUUGAAUGUUGUCUUCAGCUGAACAUUAGUGAGUGCGCCUUUACCAAGGACAGUGCUGACAAUGUGGUUGUGACCCUCUACAACCCACUGGCUCACACCACCAGCCAGUAUGUGCGAGUGCCCGUCAAGAACGAGAACUACCAGGUGACGGAUGAGAAGGGUCGUGUGGUCGCUUCCGAAUUGGUUCCAGUUCCUUGGCAGGUCCUCGCCCUGGAGUUCCGCAACAACGACACUCAGCAUGAGUUGGUCUUCAAGGCUUCCGUCAACAAGAUCGCUAGCUACUACAUCAGUAAGGUUGAUAAACAGCAGAGCACUACUAAAGUUCUUUCCAAUAAGCCAGCCAACGCAGAAGAACAUAGCUUAAAGGACAAUGCUGAGACCCAUGACGACGAAGAGACUGUGGUGCAGACUUCGCUGAUCAAAUUAGUGAUCAACAACAAAACAGGCCUAUUGAAGAGGGUCGAAAUGAACGGAGUCUCCGAGAACAUUGACCAGAGCUAUGGUAUUUACAGGACCUAUGACUCCGGUGCCUAUGUCUUCCGUCAAUAUAACCAAGGAGACUUCGUCAUCCAGGAAGAUGGAGUCGAGUUCACUGUUUACGAUGGAGCGUUGGUCAAGGAAGUUCACCAGCAGUUCAAUGAGUUCAUAUCCCAGGUCAUCCGUAUAUACGAGAACAAAAAUUUCGUGGAAUUCGAAUGGCUGGUUGGCCCCAUUCCAGUUGAAGAAGACUUUGGAACCGAAGUGGUAACCGUCUUCAGCAGUGAAAUAUCCUCCAGUGGAGUAUUUUACACUGAUUCCAAUGGUCGUGAGAUGAUCAGGCGCGAAAAGGACAAACGUGAAGAUUUCGACCCCGAGCUAUCAGUGCAGCCAACUUCCGGAAACUAUUACCCGAUCACAUCCCGCAUUGCUCUGCAGGACAGUAACAAGCGAAUUGCCCUUCUGAACGAUCGUUCUCAGGGAGGAUCCAGCAUGAAGGACGGUCAGUUGGAGCUCAUGUUGCACCGUCGUCUCGUCCGGGACGAUGGCUACGGAGUGGGAGAAGCUUUGAACGAGCUCAAGUACGGUCAACCAAUGGUUGCUCGUGGUAAGGUAUACCUCAUUCUUAAUGACGCCGACGAGUCUACAUCCGUGGAGCGGGAGGCCGAGAAGGAGUUCCACCUCCCUCUGUGGAAGUUCUUUAGCAAGAACUCCGGAAGCAGUAGCUCGGCUUCCAAGUCGGUUCCCAGUUUCGAGGACUUCCCCCAGUCGGUGCACCUUCUUACCCUGGAGCCUUUUAACGAUGAUGAGGUCCUGCUGCGUGUGGAGAACUUCAAGGAUCACAUCGAAGGCAAUGUGGUUAGCUUCAACAUUCGCCCGAUAUUCGAUUACUUGAAUGGAUUGGAAAUUCGCGAAACCACCUUGGACGGCAAUCUACCACUGAGUGACUUGAAGCGAUUCAAGUUCCACGCUGAAGGUUCGGGAGCGUUAUCAACUGAAGCUGAGUAUUACACGUCAGCUCACAAGCCUCUGUCAGCAAUCGAAACGCAAGACGCCUCUGAAUUUGCGGUCACCUUAUACCCAAUGCAGAUUCGAACAUUUAUCAUCAAGAUUCAAUAAUAUGAAUAUUUUGUACCACCUUACUUUUCCUGCUUAAAUAAAUAAAAUUAUA